CAAUCAAACAAGGUUAUCCUAUUUGUGCAAAUCUCCUUCAAGCCCAAUAUACCAUAAGCCCAAUACAAAAUCAAAUCCAAGCAAUAAACAAAAAAUUGUUAGGGCACCAAUUAACACACUGUACAAUUUGGUGAAACUGAAUUGGAAGUUUAGAGAGAGAGCAAGAAUGGAGGUUGGAGAUGAAGCAAUUGAGAUGGUAGAUUCAAAGGACUUACAGCAGCAAAGCAAAGCACUAGAUAAGUUGACUGACCAUGUUGAAGAUCGUCAGCUCGAUUCAUCUCGUGUUCAAACGGCUAUGGCUUCAAUUUAUGCAUCCAAGGAAGCUGAUCUUCAAGCUAUGAGAAUGAGGGAGAAAGAACUAGCUGCUGUUAAGAUCAAUGCUGCUGAUAUCGAUAUAAUUGCAAACGAACUAGAGGUGGACAAGAAAGUUGCUGAAAGGACUUUGCGAGAGCAUAAAGGCGACGCUGUUGCUGCAAUACGGCAUUUGCUCAACUAGUUGAACAACUACUACGUCUCUGUCCCAAACAAAUUGGGGUCGGCUCAUUUCAUAUCAAACGAUGAGGAAAAUACAUCAUCACCGGGGAACUUUUUCCUUCGAUUCUGAAAUGUAGUAGCUAAGAAGAAUGUUAAAUGUUCAUGCUAUAUAUGGAACUUUGAUCUGUUGACUGUCUUUCAACUGUAUUGGUAAUUGCUAAUGUUGAAGUUCAUGCUUUAUAUUCA